AUGGAGGAGGGUUUGGGUGGGGUGGAGGGGACGGUGCGGACGGGCAGGUUUGGACGCUCCGCAGGGGAAGGAUUGCCGGGGACGGGGUGGGGUGGGUCGUGCGGUGGACGUUGGUGGAAUGGGGUUCAUGUGCUGGAAUGGGAGGGGACGGUGGCAGGGGCGUUGGGAGCUGGGGACACCCCACCACUGGUGUAUGAAAUAUUCAGUGCUUGCGCCACGAUGUACAUUCAGAUUCAACAUGUUGAAUAUUACUGCAGGAAACGCGCCGACCCAAUGUUGGGGUUGUGGCAGAUUGACUCCAGGGUCUCGGUGAAUACUUAG